AUGGGCAUCUUGGAACCACGCACCUACAUCGACAUCAUGAAGGCCACUUUCCUCCUCUGCGCCCUAGCCGGCCUCGUUUCCGCCUUUCCUGCGUCUGAUGUGGCGCCCCUCGAGAAGCGCCAAAAGAUUGUGACUGGUCGGUGGUGCAGCCCGAUCACGAGCCUCUGCUACGUCGACUACACGACAGAUCUCAAGACGUCUUUCCGGUUAGCCAUCCCGGACAACGCCGUGGCCGGGUCCAACUUCGACAUCGCCAUCCAGAUCGUUGCCCCGACGAACCAGGGAUGGACGGGACUAUCGUGGGGUGGUAGCAUGACGGAUGCCCCGCUCACGGUUGCGUGGCAGAACGGGCAAGCUCCCGUCCUUUCUUCCCGUUGGGCUGGUGGCCGCCAAGUGCCUACUGCCUAUGCGCAGGCGACCUACACGAUCCUCCAAGACACGGGCGUCAACGGCACACACUACACCCUCAGCACCAUCUGCAAGGGCUGCGCGAGCUGGACACGUGCCAGCGGCAGCGUCAAAACCCUCUCCCCCACCGGCAGCCUCCGCCUCGCCUGGGCUUCCAACCCGCAGGCCAACUCGGUGGCCCAGCGCGCGAACCCGACCUCUUCCUUCGAGUACCACCCGUACCACGGCUACAUCGACGGGAGCUUCCCCGACGCCAAGGUCCCGGCUGCCCAGUUCCAAGCCGCGGCGGCCAUGGUGAGGCCGUAA